AUGUCUGACGACCACCUCGACAAGAACACCACGAGCCUGCACGAGGACCUCAAGAGCGAUAACACGCACACCGUCGCCGAGCACGGCCACACAGCGACUGACGUCUACGGCAAUGCGCUGCUCACAUUCGACCCCAAGGCCGAGGCCAAGCUGAGGUGGAAGAUCGACUGCUACAUCAUCCCCACGGUCGCGCUGCUGUAUCUCUUCUGCUUCAUUGACCGUGCCAACAUCGGCAAUGCGCGUCUGGCCGGUCUUGAAAAGGACCUGGGAUUGAAGGGCUACGACUACAACCAGGUCUUGUCCAUCUUCUACAUCAGUUACAUCAUCUUCGAGAUUCCCUCCAAUAUUUGCUGCAAGUGGAUGGGCCCUGGAUGGUUCAUUCCUGUUACAUCGCUGUGCUUCGGUAUUGCGUCUAUCGGCACUGCGUUUGUCCAUGACAUCCACAGCAUAUGUGGCGUCCGCUUCGUGCUCGGCAUCUUCGAAGCUGGCAUGCUGCCGGGAAUUGCCUUCUACAUGUCUAGGUUCUACCGCCGAUCUGAGCUCGCCUUCCGUCUGUCGCUCUACAUUGUCAUGGCGCCUCUCGCUGGUGCUUUUGGUGGUUUGUUGGCAUCUGCCAUUCUGACGCUAGACCACUUCGGGUCCCUGCACCGCUGGAGGAUGAUCUUCGCAAUCGAGGGCAUUGUCACAUGUCUGCUUGCGCUCAUCUCGUUCUUCACGCUGACCGACCGACCGGAGACGGCCAGGUGGCUCACACAGGAGGAGAAGGACUUGGCCGUUGCUCGCGUCAAGUCUGAGCGCGUGGGACAGCACGAGGUCAUCGACAAGCUGGACAGGAAGAAGACGUUCCGCGGCAUCUUCAACCCAGUCAUACUGGCGACAUCAGCCAUCUUCCUCCUCGACAACAUCACCGUGCAGGGCCUUGCCUUCUUCGCGCCUACCAUUGUGCGAACAAUCUACCCAAAGAACACGGUCGUCUACCAGCAGCUGCGCACUGUCCCACCGUACAUUGUGGGCGCAUUCUUCACGCUGCUGUUCCCCUUCCUCAGCUGGCGCUACGACCGACGCACCAUCUUCAUGGUCGCCGGCGCGCCGCUGAUGAUGGUCGGCUACAUCAUGUUCCUCGCCAGCAGCGAGCCUCAAGUGCGCUACGGAGCCACCUUCAUCAUCGCGUCAGGCGCCUUCUCCUUCGGCGCCCUCUGCAACGCGCAGGGCUCCGCCAACGUCGUCACAGACACGGCGCGCGCUUCUGCCAUUGGCACCAUCGUCAUGUUCGGCAACGUCGGCGGUCUCAUCUCGACGUGGAGUUUCCUGCCCUUUGACGGCCCCAACUACCGCAUCGGCAACGGACUGAACCUGGCGACCAGCAGCGCCAUCCUCGUCCUGGGUGUUUUGCUGUUGAUGUGGAUGAAGAAGAGCAACAGCAAGCGCGCGCAGGUCGACGUCGACGCUGAGCUGGCGGGCAAAUCGGCGGGCGAGAUUGAGGAUUUGGAUUGGAGGCACCCCUCGUUCCAGUGGAGGCCGUGA